AUGGCUUCAAUCAAGCCUGCAACUCGCUACUCCAAUAGCUUAAACAGCUCCACAAAAUCCGAUCCCUUUUCCUCGACUGAGUUGACGGCCUCACGCGCCAUCACAAAGAAAACCACCAACAACCAAAUUAAUCUCAGCUCCAUGGUAAAAAAAUUGGUCGAUAACAAGAAGGCCAAGAAUUUUAGUAAGGACUCGAAAUUCAUUGUGGCCGAUGAUUUUUUAGCCCAGGAUUUGAAGAAGAAUGCAAAGAAGGGUGCUGGACUAAGUGGGCUGCACAAGAAAUUGUUUAAGGGAUCAUCAGGAGGGGCAAAAAGAGGAGAUGAAAGCUCGAAGAACGCUUUGACUGAAGUCAAAGGGAAUACGAGGACUUUGGGUAUGGUGUUGAGGAGUGAGAGGGAGCUUUUGAGUUUGUGUAAGGAGAACGAGGAGCAGAUGGCUGAACUCAAGUUGUUGCUCGAGGAGAAAAAUAGAGAGGUCGAGAAGCUGAAAGAUUUGUGUUUGAAGCAAAGGGAAGAGAUGAAGUCUCUUAAAAAUGCUGUACUAUUUCCAGAUGUUAUGAAUUCUCAACUUGAGAAGCUUUUGGAGAAGCAGGGUUCAGAACUGAAUCAGGCAAAACAUCUGAUUCCAAGUCUUCAGAAGCAGGUCACAUCCCUUACGGGCCAAUUACAAUGUCUUGCUGAGGAUCUUGAAGAGGUGAAGGCAGACAAAUAUUCAGCAAAAGGAAGCUCUGAUAAUCACUUCAGCUCUCCAAGGACACCAUCAUGUGAUCAAGAAGAGGCAGCUAAUUCUUGGUUUGAUCAAGAAUUCAGCUCUGGGGAUUACACAACCCCAGACAUCCCAGAUGACAUGUUUCUCAAAGAUUUGAAUCCGUGCCUGACACCAUGUUACUCCAAGACAAAGCCUAAGGACUUUGAGGUUUAUGAUUCCCAGAACGAUGAUGGCUUGUCCAGAAACAAUAUGCAAAUGUGUCAUGGUACUGGUUUCAAUUCUCAUGCAAGGAAGCUAUCAAAAAGUUCCGACUGCUGCCAUUGUUCCAAGACGGGGAACAGUUCAGUUCGUUCAGCUCGCCAAUCAGAUGAAAGCAAAUGCACUUAUGGAAAGCAAUUGCCUUCAUCCCCCAUUCCAACAGACGGCGAAUGCCUUCAAGGAGAUUGCAACCUGGCUUUGGGUGCUUCUAUGGUGGGUCCGAUUUCGCUAUCCCCAUGCCAUCCAAAUGAUACAGCUGAGAGUGGCCAAUUCAUCCCGAUACACCAACUUUCCACAAUAAGCAGAGUCCCAGAUAUCAUCACAUACCUGAAGAGCCUUAACAUGAUCCUACAAUCCGGCCUGCUUCCAGAGCGCUCGAAACUCCCAAAGAAAUUUUAUGUUCACCUUUUAACUUAA